GGUUAUUUUUCCCUCUUCCUGAGAUCUGAGAAAAAAUAAAUGCUCCUCACUGAAGACUGAACCUCAGCCUCAGAGAAGAAUGUCGUAUUUAGAUAUCAGCACAUGGGAGCAGACCUUUCAAGAACUGAUGGAGCAGGAGAAACCCUGGGCCAAAUGGAGCCUGAAGUUGAAUGGGACCAUUCUGCCAGGCCACACUGCCCCAGGAUGGAAGCAAUACCAGCAGACGGCAUUUGGCAGGUUCUGGUGUUCCCUGUGCCACCGAAGUUGGAGUUCUGCCCAAGUAAAAAUCCUGUGCCACAUGUACAGAGAGCCUGGCAAAUCUCAGGGCCAGGUGCUUAUGCGGGUUUUUGCUCAGAGGUGCCAGAAGUGUUCCUGGUCCCAAUUUGAGAAACCUGAAUUCUCCACAGAAAGUAUCAAAAGGAUUCUGCAAAACCUGAUACAAUAUAUUCUUUGGCGAUACUAUGGACAUGACUUCAGGAAGAUGCCAAUGAUCCGGGAGGUACCUUUGAAUGGGCCCCAUGAUACAAACAAUUGUGAGGCAUGCACUCUGGGCUCCUGUACAAAAGGCUCACUAAAACAAACAGCAAAGCCUUCCACAUUUCCCACAAAAAUUUGCUGUUCCUCACCUCAAAUGGACAAUGUGCUUUUUGAAGAGCCUGUGG